UUCUAUUGUCUAUAGACUUCUGUCACAACAUCGUGACAGCAGCUAUUUCGCUAUUCACUUGCGACGACGUCAGUCUGUUCAAGAAAACAUCCCGAAAACGACCCGAAAAAGACAUGAAAACCGUACAAUAUUUAGCUUUAAUAUCAAGCCUAUUUUAYUGUAUAAACGCUAAAGUUACCUACACUAAUUCUACUAGUUUUGACGAGGGAAGAUACAGCGURCAGUGGACUUAUGACAAGCCAAACGAUACCUUCUAUUUUAGGAUAGAAGUCGAAGCGACGGGGUGGAUAAGCUUUGGAUUUACCCGUUUAAAAUACAGUAGUUCUUGGAUGAAAGAUGCUAUGCAUUCGUAUGAUGUGUUAGUCGGUGGGGUUUAUGGCAAUAAUGGAACAGUCUACUGUCUAGACUAUCUAACAGCAUACAAGAAUAGAACUCAGUACCCAGACCACGUGGACGCGAUCAAUGACUGGAACAUCACAUUUGCGGAAGAGACUGGGAACAAGACAAUUAUGGAGUUCAAUAGAAAGCGGGUGCCGUCUGAACCAAUGAGCGUUCACGAUGUACCGAGGAAAGGCGACAUUAUUAUAACGCCUGGGAAACGGUAUUUCGCGUGGGCCUAUCACAAGACAAUAGACACGCCAUAUUUAAACAGCCUGUCUUUAAAACACGACAGAAGCGGGUUACAUCCAGUGACGUUACUCCCAGAUGACAACAAGGAGCCWGUCCACAUUACCUAUCCUUGGCCCACUAGGGGUAAGGCAGCUACUCUGUAUACCCCCCCUGGYUUAGCAWUUAUCGGUUUGAUCAUUGUAAAUUUUGUCAUUUAGAAAGUUGUGUCAUUUAGAAAGUUGUAAAAGCAUACCGCUAAACUAGGCUAGACUAUAUAUCACUUAUCGCUAGUUGUCAGUCAAUCCUUUCUGAGCAUUCAGAUCCACAAGAAAAGCCAGCGGACAUGUUAGUGAUAUGAACAACUGGUCUACUGUAGAGAAAUCAGAAGUGAGACAUUGUGAGAAAAUUUGGUGUGAUUUGAUAGUAGAUUGAAAGCGCACAUAAUGAAAUAUAUAAUGUUUGUCCAAUCAUAGCGAAUCUUCUAUCGAGGAUUUGCACGUCUAAUAGAAAUCUUUUGUGAAAGUUCUACUAACAUGGCUGCCGAGAAUUCAAACAAAACUCAUUAAUUCACACACUUAGUGCAACAACUUUGGAAAAAAAAACUUGCGGAAUGGGCGUAUAAAGUUUCUAAUUCUCUUUUGUGCAAGCUUGGCUUCAAUCAAGCAUACAUUUUUAGUCUUCUUUGUACACAGAGYGUUUGCAUUACAAUAGAUUCUCUGCUGAAUAAAAGAUAUAUUACAUGCUUUCGAGGUUAAGGCUGCACAAAUAAGAUCUCCAAACUGGAGUAUKGCCCGUUAUAUGCACUCAAUGCACUAAAGAAAUGUCGUCAAUACGGUUUAAAAAACGAAGAGGUUUGCUUAGAAUUCAUAUAUAUAGGAGCUCAGGGUUGUAGUCGCAGGGACUUUUUCCAGGUGGUACACAAAACCAGAGAUUGGACCAAACUAAAACAUUUUCACUGUUGUACUAAAAGAUAUAGAUAUAGGUAACUUAGGCAUAAAAAUAAUGAUAACAAUAAAACGGACAAUUUCAUUCUAGGUUUUGGCACGCACACAAAAACGAAAAUUUUUCAAAUUGUUACUCUUAAAUCACCUAAAUUACACUUAAAAUAAGCUGGUACUUAUCAGAAUUCGCCUUAACAUGUUUUUGCUACGACAGUUGACGCCACCGUUUUCCCAUGCAUGCUAUAUUUUUAGUUCUCCUCUAAGCGGACCUUUUGYUUAAACGGUCGGGAGGUUCAUCCGCACCCUGACCUCCCCUUUUGGCUACGGGCCUGUUAAAUUAUCGAAUGGGGGUCGACCUCCAUUUUUAAAUCUAGCCUAAGGCUAUUAUUUAGAUAGCCUAUAAAAAAACAUAUAACAUAGAUAUAUAACACGUAAAUUAAUUAUCGUUGUCGGGUCCUAAAAAGGUGAUAUUAUCGAGGCUAGCACUGAAGGGGAUUAUCAUUAUUUCARUUAAUAUAUGCCUUGACAUGUUACAUUAUCGAAAACAUAUCUUCUAAGCUAAAACCAUUAUGGGGAUUUUAACUCUUUAAAUAAUAUCUGCCUAAACAUGUAACAUGUAACAUUGUAGAAUGACUCGCAGAGGUCAUUUUAUUCACUGCAGGUAAUCUUUUGACAUUGAAACUCAGUCUGUGAUAUUUGCUUUCCCGUGAUCCCUUUCGGUCUUAGCUUUCAUGAAGUAACCCUUUGGAACCCGACUGUUACUUUUUUUUCCUUUUUGAUAACGUUUAAAUAUAGUUAAAAAGGCAAAGCUAGAAGUUACAAUAAAAAAAUGCUCGGGCAUCUGUGCUGGACUGUCGUUGCAAAGAUCAAAAGUAUUUGAAAUACAAAUAUAAAGACCUUUAUUGUCGCUAUUAACUAUGAUUACAGUUGUAAAUAAUUGUAUAUCAAGCAGAAUAAAAUAUUUGUUAUAUUA